AUGGUCCAAGGACACGAAAACGGUAGCAUAUUUUCACAAAGCAAUCCUGAAUGUAACAAUUUGAAAUCGCAAAAUUCGAUUGACAUCCAAGGCUCACACCCAUCCAUUUCUCUUGAUGCUCUUGAUGCGGAUGCACCUUUUCAUUCGCCAGAUUCCUACAAGAUCCAUAGAUCACGACACUACGUGAAAUGGGGAAUUGAAUGGCAAACCCUCUGCUUUGUGAUAUUGCUCGCUUCGUGUGAGUAUGCUCUAGCCACUGGCCAUCACCUUUGUUUCUCCUCCCUUAAUAAGACUGCGGCUGGGUUUGUUACUAUAUUUGCUUAUGCCACUUCUUCACUAUUUGCAGCCGCAAUAGGAGCAGCUUACGAUCAGCACUUGUGGACGUUAUUCAAACAGGAUUCUUUCUCGCUCAAUGGACUUGACGAUCUUCUUGCCUUGAAGUCAACGCCUUCGGGUUCCUUCAAUGUCGAAGUACUUGCACCUGCCAAAUUGGCCGUACUAUCAGCAUCUGCUCCUGGUAGGUUGAUAGCGCUAGCAGCCAUUGCACCGCCUGCUACUUUAUCUGUGGUUCUAGGAAUUUCUAUUGAAAGCCAGCCGGCGGAAAGCUCGGAAGGAUUUUACUAUCCAAGGUUCGAUACAAUCGCUCGGCCGACAGGCGAACUUUCCGCACUCACACCAUCUGCAGCCGAAAGGAUGGAUGUUCUUCCGUAUUAUAUACUGGCUGACAAUUCGUCUUACUACUUACAGUUUUGGGGGCCGACUAUAAAAUGUUCACCAUCAACAGAUGUCCAAAAGCAAAUCUUCAACAAAUUUUCCGCCUCACUUCCUGUUGAUACAACAACGCCUUAUUCACUUCCGUUCGCAGACACUAUUUUUACUCCUAAUUUAACCCUGUUUUUCUCUUUUGAACCUGGCUUUCCAAUAUUUAUAUUUUCUGCAUUCACGUCGCUCUUCGCGGAUUUCGGCUCCUUCGAUUUCGAUAAUCAGAACCUCUGGUCACUACUGUCUAAUUCAAGUAUUCAUUCGAAAUCAAAGAUACAAUUAUGGCUGCAGACCUCGUGA